GCUUGUUUGAAACUCCGUCGAGAAGCCUACCGUCGCGGUGUGCUAUAGUUAAAUAAUUUAAAAAGUUUCCGAUGUAAAACCGUACCGGGUGUCUCUCUUGAGCGUGAAAAUAUCCUCUUCAAUUACGACAAAGCAAGAAAUAUUUUAUGCGUAAUUUCAAUUUCGUUUAGUUGUUUUGAUAACCGAGAGAAAAGUAACCUAUCUUUUCUUAAAUAAACUUCUUGCUUCGUCACGAUUAAAGGGGACACUUUCGGAUCACAGUUAAGAGGCACCAUGUACACGCAUAAGUUUCGAUACGAUGAUAAAAAGACACCGCAACGGAUCACCUGAAAGUUUGUCAUUUUACGAUUCAAGAAUGGCGCACGUCGCUCGUCGUAUACGUUCUCGUUAUCUGAAAGUAAUUGGAGAGUGAAAUUCGAGCCGCCAUGCGGCAUUAGCGCACGACACUGACAACUUAAUCUUCUAGGAUAGAAUAUGCCAACCAUUGAAAUAUUAAGACGUGACGUUAUCAAGUACAAAAUUCCGGCGUGGCAUUGCUCCGGUGAAUACAGUGUAUCCUUUAUUCGGAAUCACGGUGUACACACGAGAUUUGGUGUCAGUUCUCUGUGUGUCUGUGUGCAUCAAGAGUUUCUGCUGGGUCCGGCGGGAAUCACCGGUUGAGAUAUCGAAAACCUCUAGGGUGCGUAGUAUGCUGUCGAAUUCACGAAGCCAAGGAGUUCUCGGGAAUUGUCCCCUGGUGCAGCCACCUGAGUGGGGAGCGGUGAGGGAGAGGGUCCUUAAAGAUGGCACUCUGCAGACCGUGUACUCGUGUGAACCAGGCCGUAGAUUGAAGGGCCAUAAAGUACUGACUUGCACUGCCGACGGCUGGAAUCAUCCCAUCCCGAAAUGCGUCCCCUAUGACAACAGGUUCCAGCCGAUCCGCAAGGACCUCUAUCAAGGCGAUGAUCCAAUUUCAUCGACAUCGCCGCCGGAAAAGGUGUCGAAGGGCCGGCAGAAGGCGCGCAAGAGACUCGGGGAGAUGAAGAAACGUCGGAAAGCAAAGGAGAAGAAACGGAAGCAAAUCGCGGAGAAAUCGUUCUACGAAUCGCCGCCGGCCUCGGCGGUCGUUCCCUUAAAUGAAACAAUAAUGUCAAGGUUGGACCUAAGCUGUUUCAUGAAAGCACGCAAGAAGGGAUUUGUGAAAGCCCCUCAGAUUGAGCACGCAUAUCCUGCCAAAUAUGCCAGGAGGAAAAAUGUACUGCCUCCGUACAAUCGAUACCUUGUCGCGAUGUACGAGUGCACAGAGGAUUUCAUUUUCGAGGACUCAAUGGCGGAUCGGCUUUUCUGCAGCGAUGGCACUUGGUUGGGCGUUCUUCCGCGUUGCAUAAAGGAAGGAGAGCCGACAUUCAAUAACGUGAAACGUUGCAGCCAGGACAGGGGAGGCUGCGAGCACAUAUGCGAAAACACCGAGACAGGUGUGAAAUGCACGUGCUUCGACGGAUUUCACGCCAAGGGAUAUUCGUGCAUAGAUAUCGACGAAUGUGCUGACGGGACGGCUGGGUGCUCGCAAAUUUGUCAGAACGAGCCCGGAACUUUCCAUUGCGAAUGUCACUCUGGUUUCCAAUUGGGAGUUGACAAUAAAUCGUGUCACGACGUUAACGAGUGCCUCCUAAAUAAUGGGCACGGCCCGUGCCAAGGCACUUGUAUCAAUCUUGAAGGGAGCUACGAGUGUAGCUGCACCGACAUUCCCGGUCACAAAUUGGCGGCGGAUAAUCACACCUGCGAGGAUAUUGACGAAUGUGCCGCGAACAACGGGGGAUGUUCUCAUGUAUGCCUGAAUACACCUGGGACCGUGUUCUGCCUCUGUCCUGAUGGCUUCUAUCUGAAAGACGACUGGAAAACGUGCCAAGACGUGAACGAGUGCGAAAACGCGUCGAAGGUUUGCACGAACAACACCGAGUGCGAAAAUACCGUCGGCUCGUAUAAAUGCGUCAGCAAGCCGCAGAAGUUGACGAAAGUCCUCCAAGACGAAGACUAUGAUGCCGAAGACGACGACGAAGACGACGACGACGACGACGACGAGGACGAUUAUGACGAGGAAGGCAUCACUGAAAUUCCAGAGUUCGGGAAAUGCGAGGAGGGUCACAAGAAGGAUCAAAAUGGCGACUGCAUUGAUAUCGACGAGUGCGUGGAGGGUGACGAAGGGGAACCCCAUGGCUGCCAGCAGGAGUGCAUAAACGAGCCCGGCGGUUAUUAUUGCGCGUGUCGUCCCGGAUUCGAGCUGCAAGAGGACGGGGUAACCUGCGAGGACGUUGAUGAGUGUAAGAAAACCCCGUCGCCGUGCUCUCACGGCUGCAACAACACGGCGGGCUCGUAUCGGUGCGACUGUCCUCGGGGAUACAGCUUGAAAGGGGAUAACAUCGGCUGCGUUGAAACGGGAACAUGCGAGACACUGAUAACGCCUUGCCCUCACGGGUGUCAGGAGUCAAAGACGGGGCCGAGAUGCAUUUGUCCGCUGGGAUAUCAGCUGCAGGAGGACGGAGUCACCUGCUCGGACGUGGACGAGUGCGCUCUGGGCUUGUGCUCCCAUUCCUGUGUCAAUUUAGACGGGAGCUUCGAGUGCACUUGCCCGACCGGUCUCGAGGCCGGGGGCCACGACAAGCUCGACUGCGCUGAUAUCGACGAAUGCGCCGGAGACGUUCACGGAUGCGAGCACGAGUGCACGAACGUUCACGGCAGCUAUUCCUGCGCUUGUCGCCUCGGAUACGCGCUGAACGCCGACGGGAGAACCUGUUCCGACGUGGACGAGUGCUCGACCGACCGGCACAAGUGCUCUCACCUUUGCUACAACACUCCCGGCGGCUACAACUGUUCCUGUCCCGACGGCUACCAGCACUCGGGAGACGGUUACAUCUGCAACGACCUGGACGAGUGUUCGACCGGCGAACACGGCUGUUCGCACGAGUGCGUCAACGAACAGGGACGCUACAGAUGCGCCUGUCCCACAGGGUUCGCGUUAGGAAACGACUCGAAAGCUUGCCAGGACGUCGACGAGUGUCUAGAAGGGACCCAUCGAUGCUCUCACGAGUGCCUCAACGAACGGGGAAGCUACGCGUGCACCUGUCCCGCAGGGUUCGCUCUGGGAAACGACUCGAAGGCUUGCCUGGACGUCAACGAGUGUCUGGAAGGAACUCACCGAUGCUCCCACGAGUGCGUGAACCUGCCAGGCUCCUACGAAUGCGCGUGUCCCGUAGGAACGUCCUUGCUGAACGACAAAAGAUCCUGCAAACCGAUCGAUUACUGCAGCUUCGCCAACUGCUCCCACAUUUGCGAGAGGAUACACGACACCUUCAAAUGCAACUGUCCCGACGGCUACGUCCUGCUGGACGACGGCAAGACUUGCCAGGACUUCGACGAGUGCGUCGAGGACGAGCACGAUUGCUCGCACGAGUGCGUGAACACGGUUGGAAGCUACAAGUGCGUUUGUCCGGAGGGUUUGACGCUGCUGCAGGACGGUUUGACCUGCCACGACGCUCUGUGCGCCGCGGGACUCCGCCAGGACGAGGACGGCCAAUGCCAGGACAUCGACGAGUGCUUGCUGGGGGACCACGAGUGCUCGCAUAUUUGCAACAACGAGUACGGCUCGUACCGUUGCUCCUGUCCUCCGGGAUGGACGCUGACCGAUGACCUGACCACGUGUACAAUCGACCUUUGCUCGACCGCGAACUGUUCCCACCUGUGCGUGGUGAACGACUCCAGGCAUCGGUGCGAAUGUCCUUCAGGGUACAGGCUGGGUCGCGACGGGUCGACUUGCGAGGACAUCGACGAGUGCGAGGAGCCGAGCACGUGCCAGUUCUUCUGCAGGAACAGCGAAGGUUCGUACUCCUGCGACUGCCUGGAAGGAUACCGGCUGGACAACGACAAUCGCACUUGCGUGGACGUCGACGAGUGCGCAACGGAGACCCACGACUGUCCAAACGACUGCGUGAACACCGAAGGAGGCUACGACUGUUCUUGCCCCGCUGGACACCUGUUCUCGCAAGAGGAUCGAGCUUGCGAGGACGUCGACGAGUGCCAGGACGCCGAGCACGAACACGACUGUUCUCACGAGUGCGUGAACGUCGUUGGAAGCUACAACUGCAGUUGUCCGGCAGGCUGGAGUCUGCUCGAAGAUUUAAGGAACUGUAGACCAAUCGCCGAGCUGAAUUGUUCGCACACCUACGAACAGGACGAAGACGAGAUCCGGUGCGGGUGUCCCGAAGGCUUUCAGUUGGGCGACGAUGAGAGGACCUGCGAGCAGGUGGACAGAUGCACCGAGGGACUGCACACUUGCAGCCACGUCUGCGUAAACACCAACGGGUCCUACCACUGCGAAUGCCUGCCGGGCUACCGACUGAAGGACGACCGGGAGACCUGCGAGGACGUCGACGAGUGUCUCAGCGACAACGGCGACUGCUCCGACAUUUGCGCGAACACCGAGGGCAGCUUCCACUGCAAGUGUCCGGACGGCUACGAGUUAACCGAGGACAAUAAGACGUGUCGAGACGUCGACGAAUGCGAGCAGGACCGCCACGGUUGUUCCCACGGUUGCGACAACUUCGAGGGCGGUUUCAGGUGUUCCUGCCCGGAGAACCUGGUCCUCGGCCGGGACAACAGGGUCUGCCUGGACGUACGCUACUGCGACCAGCCGCGCAACUGCAGCCACGUGUGCACGAACGUUCCCGGUGGUUACAAAUGCGAGUGUCCCGCCGGCAUGGCGUUAAUCUCCGACGGUCGGACGUGCGAGGAAAUUGAUUUUUGCGCGACAGCGCACAAUUGCUCCCACGAGUGUGUCAGCGGGCCGGAAGGCUUCAGGUGCGAUUGUCCGACGGGAUAUGUCUUGUCUGCGGACGGUAGAACUUGCGAAGACAAGGACGAGUGCGAGGAGGCGGCCGAAGAGGGCGGCGAAGGGGACGGAACAGCGAACAACGGUUGCUCCCAUUCUUGUGUAAACACGGCCGGCAGCUUCCACUGCGAGUGUCCGCUCGGCUAUCGGCUGACCACCGAUCGGAAGACCUGCGAAGACGUGAACGAGUGCAUCGAGGACAACGGCGGGUGCUCGCACCUCUGCGCGAACAUCGAGGGCGGCGUCGAGUGCGCCUGUCCCGAUAAUUACAAGCUGCUGGAGGACGACGGGAAGACCUGCGUGGAGAUCGACGAGUGUCUGAUCGACAACGGCGGAUGCUCCCAUUUGUGUCAUUACGAGAACGGCACCGUGGCCUGCUUCUGCCCGCCGAGCAUGCUGCUCGCCGAGGACAACGCCACUUGCCUCGACGAGAACAAGUGCUACCUGGAGAACGGCGGAUGCUCCCAUUUCUGUAGCUACAGCGCCGGCAAGGUGUCUUGCACCUGUCCGCAGGAGAUGACCCUGGCCGAGAACGGCACCACCUGUCUAGAGAGGAACGACUGCCUCGUGGACAACGGCGGCUGCUCGCACGACUGCAAUUACGAGCACGGCGCGACGUUCUGCUCCUGUCCGACAGGCAUGACCCUGUCCGACGACAAGCAGCUAUGCGUCUACGAGAACAAGUGCCUGGUGCACAACGGCGGCUGCUCGGACAUCUGCGCCUUCAGCGACGGGUCCAUCGGAUGCGAGUGUCCCUCGGGAUUCCAGCUGUCCAGCCAAGACAACGCCACCUGCGUGGACGUCGACGAGUGCGCUGCCGGCAGGGACAACUGCACGCACGAGUGCCUGAACGUGCCCGGCGGGUUCGAGUGCGCCUGCAACGCCGGCUUCGCGGCGAACCCGCUGGAGCCAGCGUUCUGCGACGAUGUGAACGAGUGCGAGGACGAGACCGGCGGGUGCUCGCACACCUGCCAGAACCUGGUGGGCUCGUUCCGGUGCACUUGCCCGGCCGGCUACGACCUCGCGAACAAUAACAAGACGUGCACGCUGGUGGACGCCUGCAAACAGAACAACGGAAACUGCUCGCAUCAUUGCCACUUCGACGAGACCACCAAGAGCAACCGGUGCUCCUGCCCGUUGGGCUUCCAGCUCGGCGAGGAUCAAAGGACCUGCGAGGACGUGAACGAGUGCGAGGAGUUCGAGAACGACGUGGACCUCGGCUGCUCGCACAUCUGCAAGAACACGAACGGCUCCUAUUACUGCGAGUGCCCGUCCGGCUACAUCCUGCUGCCGGACGACCGGAAGAGCUGCAUCGACCUGAACGAGUGCCUGACCACCCAGCACAACUGCAGCCACGACUGCCUGAACCUCCUCGGCAGUUACGUGUGCACCUGCUACGAGGGACACUACCUGCACUCCGACAAGUCCACUUGUCUCGACAUCGACGAAUGCCUCGAGAGGAACGGCGACUGCUCCGACCGCUGCACCAACACCAUCGGCGGUCAUUUCUGUUCCUGUCCGCCGGGAUACGAGCUGGCCGAGGACGAGAAGACCUGCGUCGACGUGGACGAGUGCGAGACGGGCGCCGCGAAGUGCCUUCAUCGAUGCGACAACACUCCGGGCUCCUUCGUCUGCCUGUGUCCGGCCGGCCACGUGCUGGCGAACGACUCGACGAGCUGCGUCGACGUCGACGAGUGCAAGCUGGACAACGGCGGAUGCUCGCACGUCUGCGUCAACGUCGACGGAGACGUCGGCUGCAGCUGUCCCGCGGGGCUGCGAUUAGACGAGUCCGGGAAAAACUGCGAGGACGUCGACGAAUGCCUCGCGGAGAACGGGGGAUGCUCGGACACCUGCGUCAACACCGACGGCAGCUUCGUCUGUCGGUGCGCGGCCGGGUUCCGCUUGGAAAUGGACGAUAAGACUUGCAGAGAUGUCGACGAGUGCGAGAUGGAGAACGGAGGAUGCUCCGACGUCUGCGUUAAUCUCGACGGUAGCUAUCGCUGCGAGUGCCCCAAUGGGUACCGGCUGGAGGAGGACCGGAAGUCCUGUGCGGACGUCGACGAGUGCGAAGAGGACAAUGGCGGAUGCUCGCACGUUUGUAUCAACGAGCAGGGCUCCUUUCGGUGCGACUGUCCUGUUGCCUAUCGGUUGGUGAACGAAUCCUGCCGGCCCGUGGAUCCCUGCGCCGAUAAUAACGGCGGCUGCCAGCAGAUUUGCAAGGUGGAACAGAACUUGACCGUAUGCGCCUGCAGAGAAGGGUUCCAGUACGACGAAGCCGAUCCCAGCAAGUGCAAAGACGUCGACGAAUGCAGCGGGCAACAUGGCUGCGCGCAAGAGUGCGUGAACACUGUCGGGUCCUUCGAGUGCAGGUGCAGGGACGGCUUCGAGAUGCUGGAUUCGGCGUGCAUGGAUAUUAAUGAAUGCGCGAGUAAUCCAUGCCAGGAGACUAAGUGCAUCAACACUUAUGGCAGCUAUCGAUGCGAUUGCGAGGCCGGAUAUCGAUUGGACGGGGAUAAUUGUGUAGAUAUAAACGAAUGCGAAUGGAACAAUGGUAGAUGCGAGCAGGUUUGCAUCAACACAAUGGGAUCUUACAUUUGUGCCUGUCGCAGCGGCUUCGUACUGGAUCAAAGAAACAGAACCCGGUGCCAGGAUAUAAACGAGUGCUUGAACCGUAACGGCGACUGCAACGGUGAAUGCGUUAACACCGCCGGAAGUUACUACUGUACGUGCAGCGGGGACUUGGUGUUGGCUUCCGACGAGAAAACUUGCGUUUCACCGGAAUUGAGAUGUCGGGCCAUGGAACCGCCGCUCCACGCUGAAAUCAGAUGUCCCGGCCAUUCUUCUGGGGCAAUGGAUUAUCCUGUUGGAGCCAGAUGUCAUAUACGAUGCCGAAGGGGAUUCAGGUUGGAAGGACCUCACACGAGAUAUUGUAUGGCUGGCAACCGAUGGAACGGCAAGGAAACCACUUGCGUUCAAGAAUCGAUCGCGAUCGAUUCUCGUUACCAUUCCGACAUGCCGCGGCCGUUCGUCAGGUGCCCACGGGACAUGGACGUCGAGCUACCCGCGAGGCAAAACACCAUACGCGUCUCAUUCCCGCAGCCUAAAUCCAACAUGAACUGGUGGAGGUACGUAGACGCUUCGCCGUCGUGGGGCAAACAAUUGCAGGCGGAUUUGCCGGCUGGCACCACGGUGGUCACCUUCACAGCCUGGUCGCCUGUGUCGAACUAUACCAGCACGUGUCGGAUCGUGAUACGGGUGCGAGACACCGAGAAUCCGAAAGUUUCGACGUGCCCGACGUCCUUUGAAGUGCGACUAAGCCCCGGCGAACGAAAUCGCUUAAUAUUCUGGCAGGAGGCAACGUUCGCCGACAACGUCGGCGUCGAGCGGGUCUACAAAACGAGGGAACCCGGACAACUGAUGUACCCCGGCGUUCACAACGUGCGCUACAUCGCUUCCGAUGCAGCCGGAAAUCGAGCAGAAUGCCAUUUCUCGAUACACGUGCGAGAAUCCGAGUAUCAUCGAGAUUCCGAGCCGCGACACUAUAGGAGAAGGAUGCUGAUGUGCCCGGGCAGGCCACCGCAACCGAUACCAUCCACCGUUUACGCAUGGCAGAUACCGAGCGGAUGCUAUUUGAGGUACACGAGGAUCUUCUCCGGGGCGUACGCGAUUCAAAACUAUCGGGGACAGAGGCAGAACAGUUACCAAGACGCGAGAGCAGCUUAUCACGAGGUUCAUCCAAUUCGUGGAAGUCAAGGACACCUUCCACCACCCAGAUCGUAUCCUCUCGGCGACUAUCGACACCCGAGACAGUACGAGCUGCAACAGCUGCGGGAGCAACGGCAUCAGCAGCAGCAGCUACAACAGCAGGAACAGCAGCAGCAACAGCAACAGCAGCAGCAACAGCAGCAGCGUUCGCCGAGGACUGAUCGUUUAGCUUCGCCGACGACUCAUUACAGCCGGGGCCAUGUCUUGACUAGAAUAUUGCCGCGGCGUAAAUGUUGCGCGUAAAGGAUCGACCCGACCCGGACCCGGCUGUUCCCGACGAGCCGCAAUAACCGAAAGUAAUUUAACUGUCGAAGAAAGGCUGGUCUGCGGCUCGCGCAUAAAUUAUGUCAAGAGUUCCCUGGCUGCUGCGCGGGCGGAUGGCGGAGGCGUUACCAGUUCGUUCCUCACUUUAAUUAACUCUAAUUAAAGCCGAUUCGAUUUCCCGCGCGGCGGACGAGACGUUUCGAUCGACCGGAUUUGCGGAAUCCCGGGGACCGCGAUGUUUCUUCUGCCGGCGCGAUAACGAUCUUUGACUCCUAGCCCUUGGCUCGCCGGAUCGGCGAGCACCGCGGGCUUUCGAUCGAUCGAGACCGUUAAACACGUUGAUUUCACGUGGGAUUAUUGCGCGCGGCUUGCUCGUCCGGCCAACGAGAACUUAUUCCGUCACAUGGUGAAAUAUUAUUUGCGACGAACGAGGUGAACUGUCUAAUCAUUUGUCUUGUAUUGUAUUUUCAUUUUUGCACGCUGUUUUGGUAACCGUGAUGAUAUUGACAGAUUUAAAUGCAGUGGAAUUUACUCGAGUGUACACAGGGUGUCUCGAAUAUAACUGAGUACAGUUGAAAUACGACUAAGAAAAUGUGUGACUUGAUUUUCAAAAAACUUGACUCAGUCUUCGUUGUAUGAAUGAAUAAAUUGUUAAUUUUGCGUAAGACAUACUUUCGUACUGAACAGCUUUUGUAUAAACAUUUUUUGCGUAGCUUCAACCCAUUCCGAAAUAUUUCGUUGCACUUAGACGAAACACCCUGUAUAUGGACGGCUCAGAAGCCGAUCGGUGUGAGUCCAUUAACUGUAAAAUUGAGAUAAACAAGGGUUUUGCAAAUUAGCUGUAAAAAUAUCACAACGUCACUAAUAAUUGAAAGCACAAUUUUUAUUAUAAUUGAAUCAAAAGAAGUAUUAGUAUUUAA